AUGCGCGAAGUGGUCGCUAGGAUAGUUGACGGAAGUAGAUUCCAUGAAUUCAAACAACUUUAUGGAGAAACAUUGGUAUGUGGUUUUGCAUCCAUUUAUGGUCACCCUGUCGGAGUGAUCGGUAAUAAUGGUGUCUUGUAUUCAGAGGCAGCUUUGAAAGGAUCUCAUUUCAUUCAACUUUGUGCGGCUAGGAAGAUUCCUCUGCUAUUCUUACAGAACAUAACAGGUUUCAUGAUCGGUAAAGACGCUGAAGCCGGAGGUAUUGCCAAAAAUGGAGCUAAGAUGGUGACAGCCUUUCUGUACAUGUGGCCCAACGCAAGGAUCUCAGUAAUGGGUGGACCACAAGCGGCUACUGUACUGUCUUUGGUGGCUAAGGAGAAGGCUGAGGAGUGGAAAGCCUUGGACUGCGGAGGAUGA